AUGGUGAGUAAGGUCUGCCCUGAUAAGGCAGUCAAGUCGUCACGCGCUGCGUACUUGCGCGAUGUAACAACGGGUAUCAAGCAGCCGUCGGGAAAAGGACAGCGGCUGAUCGUAACUCAGGUUGGUAGUGAGGAUGGAUUUGCUGAUGGCUUUCUUUAUGUGUUCCUGAGAAAGAAAACAGGUGACUACCAUGACGAAAUAGAAGGCAACCGUUUCGAGACGUGGUUCAGCUCGGUCGUCAAUAGGCUGCCACCGCGAAGCGUCAUUGUCAAUGACAAUCCGUCCUACCACUCCAGGCGCGUGGAGGAAAUCCCGUUGCUGUCACGGCGGAAGGCAGCGAUCCAAGAGUGCGUGGCCUCAAAGGCGACCCCGCGCCAUUCCACCAUGACCAAGAAGCAGCUGCUUCACACUAAGGCCACCGUCAAGACUAAAUUUAGAAAGCACCAGAUUCAUGCGGCUCCUGAGAGUGCUGGCUUUGUUGUCCUCAGGCUCCCUCCUUGUUGUCCUCAGGCUCCCUCCAUUGUGAGUUUUACCCCAUAG